AUGGGCAGUAGUGUAGUUAAGUGGCAAGCUCGUGUCAACGUCGCUGUUGUUAAAAACCAGUUGGGCUAUUGUGAGCCAUUGACAGUGGAUUUCAUAGCAACACUGGUGACAAAGGAGGCCCGUCAGUUGCUCAUACCAGAUUUGCGAGCGGCAAAGAAACAUGUUCGUUUCGAUUUGUAUACCAGGCGGAAUCCCUAUGUGCGGCAAGUGUUAAAGACUGGCGAUCAGAAGGGAUUGUAUGAAUCAAAUUUUAAUGCCACAUGGCCGGUGAGAAUAUCAAUUCACGGUUGGAAUGGUAUGACAACAACAUGCUCGAGUGCAGCAAUUAAAGAUGCCUAUUUGGAAAUAGGAGACUUUAAUGUCAUACUUGUCGAUUACAGUGACUACUCGCUGGAUGUGAAUUAUUUUCGCGUGAUAGCCGAAGUGUUCGAUAUUGCGGAACAAAUUAAUGUCUUCACUCGAUUUCUACAUAAGGCGACCAACUAUCCCUUCGAACAGAUGUAUUUAAUUGGUCACAGUUAUGGUUGUCAUGUGGCGGGGGUAGCGGGAAAAUUACUGAAGCCAUCUCAAUAUGGUGUCAUCUAUGCCCUGGACACCGCGGGACCCAUACAUCAAACUAUUGCCAAGGAAUGGCGAUUGACCCCGGAUGCCGCCCUCUAUGUGGAAUCUAUACAAACGGAUACCGCUUUGUUUGGUUAUAGGGGUAGUGAUUUGGGUCAUGCUUCAUUUUUUCCCAAUUGGGGUUUGGGGCAGCCACAUUGUCCAAAUGUUACGGGGACUGAACCGGAAUUUGCCUGCGAUCAUUUUGGUUCGUUGUAUUAUUUUACGGAAUCUUUGAGAAAUCCUUAUGCCUUUGGGGCAAUUCGUUGUAAAAAUUAUAGAAAUGUUAUUGAACAGAAAUGUGGUUGUGUAGCUGGGGCGAAACAAUGUCCGGCAGAAGUGUUUAUGGGUGGCGAACCGGCAAGGAGAAAGAAAGGGGUUUUCUAUUUGAGUACAAUGAAACGUAGGCCCUAUGGCAUGGGAGCUAUGUGUCGUAUGCGUCCAGCCAUCGAAUCAACGGUUGUUCGAUCAACGAGUUAUAGAAGGAGGGGGAUAUAG